AUGUCGAAAGAUCCGGAAAAGACAACCCGCGAGGAGAUUGAACAUGAGCUUCACAUCGAGGUCGUGCCUGGCACUGAGGUCAUGGCCGAUGUGUUGAAGCAUCAUCUUAUCAAGAGCGAACACUCGACGGUGGUUCUCGUCCCUCAGCCAUCCCAGGACCCGCACGACCCUUUGAACUGGAAAGCAUCAUGGAAGUGGUCAACAUUGGGCGCGGUCUCUCUGAUGACCUUCUCGCAAGGCUUUGCCCCAUUGUCUCUUGCGUCCAUGUUUCCAUACCUUAUGCGAGACUACAACAGCAGCCUCGAAGACGUCAUUCAGUUUACGGGAGUGACCAUUCUGCUGCUCGGAUUCAGCAAUUUCAUCUGGGCUCCGAUUUCGUCCUCAUUUGGUCGACGCCCCGUCUUUAUUGUUUCUCAACUAGUCUGCCUUGCAUCCCAUGUGCUUCGAGCGAAAGCUACAACAUACGGCUCUUUCAUGGGUGCUUGCGUGCUCAACGGUAUCGGCGCCGGCCCCUCAGAGACUCUGCAACCGCAGGUCAUCGCCGAUAUUUACUUCCUGCACGACCGUGGCCGCUGGAAUACGCUAUACUGGGUCGUUUAUAUGGGAUCUUUGAUGAUUGCGCCUGUUAUUGCUGGCCCGAUGGCGGAUCAUGUUGGAUGGCAGAACUUUUGGUGGCUCAACGUUGCGCUGACAGGUGCCUCCAUUGUCUACGCCUUCUUUGGCUUCCCAGAGACAAGGUGGAUUCGUUCUCAGCCAACUCAGGACGCUGUCACAAUCGAAGUUGCUGACGAGACACUGAACCCAACUCGGACUGCGGAUAUGGACCCGUACCUUGGCAAGGGAACCCCCUCUAAGCAGCAGUGGUACCUGUUCCAGCGCAACUCUUCGCCCCUUAAGACCAUCUGGUUCGACCUAUGGACUCCCUGGAAGCUUUUUGGAUUCCCCAUUGUGGUAUUUGCGUCGUUUGUUGUGAGCUGGAGUUGCAGCAACUUCCUCAUUCUAAACCUCACUCAGUCUCAAGUCUUCGCAGCACCCCCUUAUAAUAUGAGCUCGCAGUCUAUCGGUAAGUCUCCUAAACCCAAACUUGCAUCCCAUAACUGUUUCAAGAGACUGACUCUUGUAGGCUUUACCAAUCUAGCAGUUCUUGUUGGUGCGCUGAUUGGACUUGUCACAGCUGGCCCCUUUAGCGAUUGGGUAUCCGCCCGCGCGACUGCUCGAAACAACGGCAUCCGCGAGCCUGAGAUGCGUCUCCCUGCCAUGAUUCCAUUCGUAAUCAUUAUGAUAUUUGGUAAUAUCAUCACCGCUAUUGGAUAUCAGAACCACUGGUCCUGGCCUAUCAUCGUUGUCCUCGGCUACGCGAGCGCAGGCAUCCAGGUUGCUGCCUUGCCCAGCAUCGCCAGCACCUACGCCAUCGACUGCUACAAGCCAGUAACUGGUCCUCUCAUGGUUGCUAUCACGGUGAACAAGAACGUGUGGGGAUACGGCAUGGGCAAGUUCAUUACCCCUUGGACAAUACAGGCAGGUUUCAUACCGGCUUUCAUGACGAACAUGGCGUUGACCGUCUUUUUCUGUGCUUGCGGGGUGAUAUUUUACUUCUAUGGCAAGACGUUCCGUAGGUGGACUAGGAACAGUACCGUUCACAACUUGUAG